GUAGAAACUCAGACACAUAUUCUUGAGAGAAUAUUGGUUGGAACUGCAAAAUACUGGAGAUAACGUAACAGGAGAGAAGUGUUGGGUGAGGGUUUUACUAAACCACGGUGGUGCCGUGGCACUAGGGCAGAUUCUCACUUCUGAAACCUUGUUCAAAAGCAUUUUCGCAAUCUUAUUCGAAUUCGCAUCUGCCAGUUGGAUCCGGCGAAGAACAAUCUUGCCGGCGUGAUGGCAUUGGCGUUCGAUGAGUUCGGUCGUCCGUUCAUAAUACUAAGGGAGCAGGAGCAGAAGACCAGAUUACGCGGCCUCGAUGCGCACAAGGCCAAUAUCGCCGCCGGAAAAGCGGUGGCGCGGAUCCUCCGGACCUCUCUCGGACCUAAAGGCAUGGAUAAGAUGCUCCAGAGCCCCGACGGCGAGGUCACCGUCACAAAUGAUGGUGCCACGAUCCUGGAGCAGAUGGAUGUUGACAACCAGAUUGCUAAGCUCAUGGUUGAACUGUCGCGGAGUCAGGACUAUGAAAUUGGUGAUGGAACAACAGGAGUUGUUGUCAUGGCUGGUGCUCUUCUAGAACAAGCGCAGAAGAUGUUGGAACGGGGAAUUCAUCCUAUUCGGGUUGCGGAAGGCUAUGAGAUGGCUUCAAGGGUAGCUUUUGAUCAUUUGGAACGUAUAUCACAUAGGUUUGAGUUUAGUGCGACAAAUGCUGAAUCUCUCAUCCAGACUUGUAUGACUACAUUAUCUUCCAAGAUUGUGAAUAGGUGUAAGCGCAGUCUUGCGGAGAUUGCUGUUAAAGCAGUGCUUGCAGUUGCAGAUUUAGAGAGGAAGGAUGUUAAUUUAGACUUGAUUAAAGUAGAGGGUAAAGUAGGUGGAAAGUUGGAGGAUACUGAACUGAUAUAUGGAAUUGUUGUUGAUAAAGAUAUGAGUCAUCCACAGAUGCCAAAGCAGAUUGAGGAUGCCAAAAUUGCCAUUUUGACUUGCCCCUUUGAGCCUCCAAAGCCAAAGACUAAACAUAAGGUUGAUAUCGAUACUGUGGAAAAAUUCGAAACAUUGCGCCUACAAGAGCAGAAGUACUUUGAUGAUAUGGUUCAAAAAUGCAAGGAUGUUGGGGCUACCUUAGUUAUUUGUCAAUGGGGUUUUGAUGAUGAGGCAAACCACUUACUGAUGCACAGAGACUUACCUGCUGUCCGAUGGGUUGGUGGAGUAGAGUUAGAGCUGAUAGCCAUAGCUACAGGUGGGAGAAUUGUGCCAAGAUUUCAAGAGUUGACACCAGAGAAGCUGGGCAGGGCUGGUUUGGUUCGAGAAAAAGCAUUUGGAACCACUAAGGAUCGGAUGAUAUAUAUUGAGCAUUGUGCAAACUCAAGGGCUGUAACAAUAUUUAUACGUGGUGGUAACAAAAUGAUGAUAGAGGAAACUAAGCGCAGCCUUCAUGAUGCUUUAUGCGUUGCGAGGAACCUUAUUCGAAACAAUUCUAUAGUAUAUGGAGGUGGCUCUGCUGAAAUUUCUUGUUCGAUUGCUGUUGAUGCAGCUGCUGAUAAAUACCCAGGAGUUGAACAGUAUGCGAUCAGGGCAUUUGCUGAUGCAUUAGACGCUGUCCCAAUGGCACUGGCUGAAAAUAGUGGUCUCCAGCCAAUUGAAACUUUAUCUGCUGUCAAAUCUCAGCAAAUUAAGGAGAACAACUCCUGCUGCGGGAUUGAUUGCAAUGAUGUUGGCACAAAUGACAUGCGUGAGCAAAAUGUCUUUGAAACUUUGAUCGGGAAGCAACAGCAGAUUCUGCUAUCAACUCAAGUUGUUAAGAUGAUUCUGAAAAUUGAUGAUGUCAUCUCACCAUCCGAUUUUUGAUUUUUGUCGAGUUAGAUACCUGAUUGCAGCGGCCUUUUCUAGAAUAGAGCCGACUAACAACUAUGCAUGGAUUACUAAAAUUGUUUCGAGUCUUAUCUUGCAAGCUGUGUUGCUUGGUGUUUUCUUUGUAAUGGCUUCGUGUUUUUCUACUGAAUUAUUCUCCAUUGUGAUGGUCUUAUCUUUCUAUUUUUGUAUGACAUGUAAGUUAAUGCUAUAGGCAACCCCCCUCCCAUCCCCUCUAUUAUUUUAUGGGUGUGGGUAUCUAUGCUUACCUUCUCUCAA